AGUUGCUUCGUCCUUCUCCAUUUUGUUUGACCCUCUACAUGUUAUGCCAUGUCAAACGCUUUAUCAUACGCUCAACCCUUAAACCUAACCAGUUCAACCACGGCCCACUAUGACCGGACUUGAGUUUCGAUGGCUGCCCGUUGCUGUUUGUUUUGGGCCAUUUGGCUGUCAACAUUUGGAAGCGUACCAGGCAGGGAUUCGAGAGGUAGUUUGUUGGUCCUGAGCGACGAACAGAGGAGACUGAUUGCUCACAGGAGCGCGAGAAUCCAUUUCUGAGUUGAAUUAAAUUUUAUACCCUCCCCUUCUUUAUCCAGCACGUCACUGCCUGCAUUCCUCAACCUUCUCUUGAUUUUCCUGCAAUCAAAUUGAAAUACGUAUUAACAUUUUGGCUUAACGUGUGAUUGUGUAAUCUAAUUUUAACUUGUGUUCUAAUUAAUAUUCUAAUUAAUAUGAUUUUGUUGAUGGUGUCAUGAUGAAUAUAAUUAUUAAUUUUUAAUUUCUAAAAAACUUUUAUUUAUAAUAAAUAGAAAACAAAACGAAAAAAUAGAACAGCGGAUCAAGCAAAGUGAUUUUGAAAUUGCAAGCUUAUGAUACAUAUUUUUGGUAAAACUGAGAAAAUUUAGACAAACGAAAAUUAGAAAGCAGGGAAGGUAGCCCCCUGUAUAUCUCCAAUCAAGAUGUGACGAAAACUAGUUGGUGGCGUAUCCAAAAUGCUCACACCUGGGCGUGAUGAGCGACCCCGGGAGGCAAGGAAGUCAGCUGCAGUAUUCCUUUGGGGCAGGGUGUGUUGCAAGCACUAAUAUUUUACAGAGCACGGAAAAUAUGAAAUUCCAAACUUCCUUUCGAGGAAAAGAAAAAGGGAAAUAGUGUAGUAUCCGAACAUGGGUACGCAGCUCUGCAUAAAAGCUAGCUCAUUUGUGCUGGCUCUUCAUCCCUAUAUGGUCACUGUAACAUACAUAAAAACAGAAAAAUCAAAUUUAUGUAAACAGUCUGCUUUAAAAAAUGGUGAAAUGCUUGUUUAACUUUCUUAAAUUCAAGGAAUGGGUAUAGGAAUCCAUUUUA